UCCUGACGGCUUCCUCGCUUUACGACAACAGCACUAUGGCGGCGUUCGGUGGAAGAUUUCAAAGUGCUACUAGUAUCGAAGAGCAGAAAGAACAGACUCGAAUUUCCAGGGCCGAGGUGUUACGCCAGGCCAAGAGUAGUUUUGAAAAAGAACAAAGGCAAAAAGAACUUAAGCAGCUUCGAGGUGAGGACAAAUGGAUGCUACCUGAUGCCAAUGAACGAAUUGAACAGUUCUCACAGGAACAUUCUGUGAAGAAAAAGAAGAAGAAGGACAAGCAUUCAAAAAAAGUGAAGAAAGAGAAGAAAAAGAAGAACAAGAAACAGAAAUGGGAAAAACAGAGCGAGUCGACUGACAGUUCCUCAAGCUCCGAAGACAUGUGGGUUGAGGCUGUUCCCUCCCAGACACCUGACAAAGAAAAGACCUGGAAAGUGAAAGACAAAAGGCCAGAAAAACAAUGUGACAGCCAUGUUAUUCAGCGGGAUGAGUGGAUGACUGUUGAUUUUCUGUCUGUUAAAACUGUAUCCUCAUCAUCACUCAAAGCUGAAAAGGAAACUCUAAGGAAAAUAGAGAAGGAGAAAGCCCAAGCGCUGGAGCAGUCCAAACUGCUAGAAAGAGAAUUGAAUCCAUACUGGAAGGAUGGUGGAACAGGUCUCCCAUCAGAAAAUUGUACACCAACAGUUACUAAAGCUGUAGGAGUAGAGGAUGGUGGAUUAAGCUGGCUAAGAAAAUCUUGUCAAAGAAUGAAGGAACGAGCUAAAAAAGAAAAUAGAAAUUAUGAAGAUAUUGUAGCUGAAAAAUAUGGGUCAAUGGAAGUACUUCAGUCAAAAUUAAAAGAAGCUGAAAAAAUCGCAUGCAAAAGAGAAGACUAUGGAUGGGAACGGUGGAGGAAGCCUGCGUAUUCAAAUAGAGCUCAAUGUAGUCAAGCAGGUGGCAUGUCAGACUUAGUGAAACAUAAAAGUGACUCAGAGGACAGACACUUUGAAGUGGAGCUUGCAAACAGCAGCGCCAGCAGCAGCAGCAGCAGCAGCAGCAGUGACUGUAUGUUAAGCAGUCUUACAAAAGGGAAGGGAUCUGGGUCUUUAGAAACCUGUACAAGAGAAUCUACCCUAAAAAAAAGCCAAGAGUAUUCUGGAAACUUAAGACCUCAAUUCUUAAGACCCUCUGAUGAAGAUGGACUGUCAUUUCGCAGCAAGAGAAGACAUUUUGAAUCAUCUAAUUUAUCUUCUACGUUAGCAGCUAGGAGUUCUUUGCAUUGUGAUUUUCGAAAACCCCCAGAGAACAGUGAAGAAAAUUUGACAUCCUGGAGCCCAUCUGGUAGGCAAGAAGGAGACAGGAAGCAUUCAGAUCAAAAGUCAUUAGACACCCGAGGCUGCAGUGCUGAUCAGCACUCUACAGGAGAUGGGAGAGAACAAUUACAAGCUGAGAGCUUGAGGGGUGACCCACCAGGAAGAAGACAUCUGCAGGACACAACGUCGACAUUUUCUUGUCCAGAGGCGGAGUCCACCUAUUUCUUGAGUGUUGAUGAAAAGAACAAGUUGGGGGCCAAGAUAAUUAAGGCAGAGAUGAUGGGCAAUAUGGAAUUAGCUGAACAACUUAAAGCCCAACUUAAAGAGGCAAAUAAAUUUAAAGAAACCACUACACAGAUAUCAGGAAAAAGAUCAAGAGUAGAGCAUGAAGAUGAACAAGAAGUGAUCCUUAUUAGAACGGAUGAGUCUGGAAGAAUGUGGCCUGUGAACACCCCCAGAGAGACUCUGGAUAUGAAAGCAAAAAGACGGAAUAGACAAAGGGUUUCAACCCAUGAGGAUAAAGAAAGGCUCCGAUACUUUCCUGAUGAUGAUCAUCUGAGUCUCAAUGAUUUAGUCAAGAAUGUAAAGAUGGGAACAGAUACUGAUCAAAACAGAGAUUUCAUGAGAAUAGCAUCUAAGUUCAUGGGAAAAUCAGAUGGAGACUAUUACACUUUGGAUGACAUGUUUGUCUCCAAAGCAGCUGAGAAAGAACAUUUUGGUAAAAAGGAAGACAGCCAAAGGAAAAGAGCAAUUGCCGAGCAUCAGAGUCUUGCAGCACAAAUGGCCAAGUGUCUAUACUGUUUUGACAGCUCUCAGUUCCCUAAGCACCUUAUUGUUGCAAUUGGUGUGAAGGUUUAUUUAUGUUUACCCAAUGUCCAGUCUCUUACUGAGGGCCACUGCCUCAUCAUUCCUCUGCAACAUCAUCAGGCAGCCACUCUACUGGAUGAAGAUAUCUGGGAGGAGAUUCAGAUUUUUCGGAAAUCAUUGGUAAAGAUGUUUGAAGAUAAAGGAUUGGAUUGUGUCUUUUUAGAGGCUAAUAUGGGCAUGAAAAAACAGUAUCAUAUGGUUUAUGAAUGUAUCCCUCUCCCAAAGGAAAUGGGUGAUAUGGCUCCCAUCUACUUUAAGAAAGCCAUAUUGGAUUCUGAUGAAGAAUGGUCCAUGAAUAAGAAAUUGAUUGAUUUGUCUUCAAAAGAUAUUAGAAAGUCUGUGCCUAGAAACUUGCCUUACUUUGCUGUAGACUUUGGCCUUCAGGGAGGAUUUGCCCAUGUCAUUGAAGAUCUACACAAAUUUCCUCGUUACUUUGGAAAGGAAAUCAUUGGUGGUAUGCUGGAUCUAGAGCCCAGGCUGUGGAGGAAGGGGAUUCGAGAAAGCUUUGAGGACCAGAGGAAGAAAGCAUUGCAAUUUGCUCAGUGGUGGAAAACAUAUGAUGUCACCAACAGUAAAAGCUGUUAAGUGUAUGUCAUGUCUCAUUUCCUCUGCUGAGCCCAGUUUAUGUCUGUUUACAUCUACAAACAACUGUGCCUUGGGACCUACGGAAAGCAGCAGUAGCUGGCCACUCUAAUCACUGACAUCCAUGUUAGGUCAAAUUGUUUUCUUCCUCGUGGCUCCUGGAGACCUGGU